AUGAUUUUCCGUAUUCUUCUUGUCCUUGCUCUUGUAGCUGGAACUGGUGCUGUCACCAAAGCUGUUUGCCAAGCUUUCUGUUCAUCAGUCAACGGUGCUGCUUCUUAUGAUUAUUGUUCACCAUGGAUUAGUUUCUCUCAACAAACCAACAAAACUUGCUACAAACUUUGUGUCAACAAUUGUUAUAAUGUUUAUGAUGGAAGUUGUAUGACUAAUGCAAAUUUUAAGUGCUGUUUGAAUACUAAACCUGCAAAAAAACAAGAGUUUGUGAUUUCCGGAUGCAAUAUUCUUUAUAACAAUGUUAUCGAUGAUUACUGGAACUAA